AUGACACAGUGGAAGCACUUGUCCAGCAUACAAUUAGCGGAUGCACAAUUCGGCGUUCCCGGUAAUAUCGACGUGCUAAUUGGUGCUGACGUAUGGGGUCAAGUUGUCGAAACUGACUUCAAAUUUGGCGGUCCUUGUGAGCCGCACGCUCAACGCACUGCUUUCGGGUGGGUCAUAUUUGGCCCAGUUUCUGCAGCACAACCUUCAACGUUGCCAACUCUCGCAUUAAGUACGCAGCUAUGCGACGAGGACAUACACUUGGAGGAACUGCUCCGAAGUUUUUGGAAGUUAGAGGAAGUGCCCUCCCUAGAAUAUGAUGGAGAUGCCGAAUGCGAACCAAUUUUUGGUAACACCCACUCUCGCACACCUGACGGACGCUACGUUGUAUGCAUACCAUUUCGUCCUGAUUCGCCGGCUUUGGGAGAUUCUUAUACUCAUGCAUUACGACAGUUUUACCUUCUUGAGAGGCGACUGGCAGCAAAUAGUGAACUCCGGGAGAAAUACAUUGCUUUUAUGCGCGAAUAUGCAGACCUAGGCCAUAUGGAGCGCGCAUACUCAAUGAACGAUAAUGAAACGGGCUUUUAUAUCCCGCAUCAUGCAGUUUUGGGGAAGUACCGGCGUCUCCCUGAACGAAGUUCAGCUGGUAGGAACGACAAUACAAGAUCCGCUACUUAA